UGGAAAAUGACCAUUGACAGUUCAUGUCGCCUAGCGGGUGGUCGUGUUGCUAAAACAAGACAGCACCCGGUGAAGAACGCUAGAAGCUAACAAACGUCUUUUUUCACUCGUUAUAAUGUUAUGAAUUGAUACCUGCUUUGCAAUCAAUUUACUGGAGUAUAGACGCAUGAAACCAAGGUUAGGUGUAUGAAGGGAGGACGUGGAGAGUGGUCCUGAAGAUGAGGCGUCUGUACAGGAAGAAAGCCCUGAGUCUGGUUAAGGAGCUGGAUGCCUUCCCCAAGGUCCCAGAGAGCUAUGUCGAGACCACAGCCACAGGGGGGACAGUGUCCCUGAUAGCAUUCACUGCCAUGGCACUGCUGGCCUUCUUUGAGUUCUUUGUGUAUCGGGACACCUGGAUGAAGUAUGAAUACGAAGUGGAUAAAGAUUUUUCAAGUAAAUUGAGAAUAAACAUAGAUAUUACAGUUGCCAUGAAAUGCCAACAUGUGGGUGCAGACAUUCUGGACCUGGCUGAGACUAUGAUAACAUCAAAUGGCAUUCAGUAUGAGCCUGUGAUUUUUGAGCUGACCCCGCAGCAAAAACUGUGGCACAGGACCCUGUUGCUGAUACAGAACAGGCUGAGGGAGGAGCAUUCUCUACAGGAGGUCUUGUACAAGAGUGUUCUAAAGGGAGCCCCUACGGCCUUGCCCCCAAGAGAGGGCACCGCCUCCGAGCCCUUAAGUGCCUGUAGGAUACAUGGGCACGUCUACGUCAACAAAGUGGCUGGGAACUUCCACAUCACAGUGGGAAAGCCUAUUCAUCAUCCUCGUGGCCAUGCUCAUAUAGCAGCUUUUGUAAGCCAUGACACGUACAACUUCUCCCAUCGGAUAGACCAUGUGUCUUUCGGAGAAGAGAUCCCCGGCAUCAUCAACCCUCUGGACGGGACAGAGAAAAUCACCAGCAACCAUAAUGAGAUGUUCCAGUAUUUCAUUACGGUGGUUCCUACCAAACUGCACACGUCCAAGGUGUCGGCAGACACACACCAGUUCUCUGUGACGGAGAGGGAGCGGGUGAUCAACCAUGCCGCGGGCAGCCACGGUGUGUCUGGGAUCUUUAUGAAGUACGACACCAGCUCUCUGAUGGUGACGGUCAGUGAGCAGCACAUGCCCCUCUGGCAGUUCCUGGUACGACUCUGUGGCAUCAUCGGGGGUAUCUUCUCCACCACAGGCAUGAUCCAUGGGUUUGUUGGCUUCUGUUUCGACAUAGUCUGCUGUCGCUUCAAACUAGGCCCAUAUAAACCUAGAGAGGUGGUUCUCCCAGAUCCCCAUGUGAACAAUUGUGCUGCUCCGGUCCUGACGGACAACCACGUACAGGAGUAGCCCUGUGACCUGCGCCCAUAUCCACAAAGCUCUCCGAGUAGGAGUGCUGAGCUUGGAUCAGUUUUGCCCUUUUAAGAUAAGAUUGUAUGGACAGAUCCUAGAUCAGCACUCCUACUGUGAGACGCUUUGUGGAUAUGGGACCUGGAGCCUGCUGCUGAUCGUGCACCUACUGUCCCUUCACCUGUGGGGGAAUCCAGGAAGAGAAGUCUCCAAUCACAAGUAUGUGGAUUGCUGGGAGUUUGGUUUGAACCAAAUAAGAGUAAACUGAUUAGGAUCCGACAAUCAUAAUUGUUCUAUUUAUUGUUUUGGACAGUAUCCUCAUAUGACUACCAUUAUAAUAUAUUUAUAUCCUGUAAAUAUGUAUUUUACACUGGGAAAUGGAAAGCAGCUCCCCAGUUUUAUCAGGCUUAGUGUGUAAAGGUAUUGGGAUGUUGUCAUCUGUAAGUUAGGCUGAAUGAAAUCUGAUCCUUCUAUGUUAUCAUUCAUACUAUUAACUUGCAUGUCAUGUUUGUUCUAUUUCUAUCUAUUUGCACUGUUGUUCAGUAUCUGUUUCACAUCUGUCAAUGGGAGAUGUCCUAUUAAAUGUGUUUUAGUGCACUUCAUCACUU